UUCUCUGGGUUGUUGCGCAGUUGCUCAGGCGGGGCGCGUCUUUCUCUGCCUGCGCCUGUCCAGGAGAUCCGGGGCUGCUUGAGGGUCGCGGCCAGGAUGGCUCUGCGCUCGGCGCCCCUCGGGCUCCUGGUGCUGCUGGCGGUCGCCCUCCGGGAGAGCUGCGUUGGCGCCUCCUCCCAUUCCAUGAAGUAUUUCUACACCGCCAUCUCAGACCCCAGUCAGGGGCUGCCCCAGUUUGUCGCUGUGGCGUACGUGGACGGUCAGGUCUUUGUUCACUACGACAGCCACAGCCGGAGGAUGCAGCCUCGAGUCUCCUGGAUGGAGAAAGUGGGGAAGGAGGAUCCCCAGUACUGGGACAGAAACACCCUGACUUUACGUGUUGAUGAGGAGACGUUCAGAGAAAACCUGGAGACUCUGAGGAAUCGCUACAAUCAGAGCGAAGGUGAGUGAUGGGUCUGGUGGCUCCU